AUGCUCGGGCGCUACCUCGCGCUCGACCCCGAGGACGACUCGCCCGCCCUGCGGGAGCUGCACGCGAUGCUGGACGAGCGGGGACGACGCCAGCAGGGGUGCUACUUCUUUUCCCGCGUGCGGGGGGAAGGCGUGUGUGUGUGGACAAGCGCGCUGGAGGCGCUGCGGGAGGGGGUGUUCGACAUGAUGGAUCGCCUGGGCGCCGCGCAGGCGGCACUCGCGCGGGAUCGAGCCUUCACGGAGGACGUGAUUGAUUUAUGCGCGAUGUAUGUGAGCUGGGCGGAGCAGCGGACCCUGCCAAGGGGGCAUUCCCUCCCAGAGGACAUCCUCGCCGGGGCGAUUCGCGAUCCAAGGGAAGGGGGGGAUCUGGGUCUUUCAGGAAAGCCCCCCCUAUCACCAAAGGGGGAAAUAUGGGAAAAGGGAAAGGAGAUGGAAAGGGUUCAGGGCGCGUUCCCGCCGAUGCCGUCGCGGGGCCCGUCAAACGUCACUAAGGCGAAACACGAAUACGCGCUGGCACCGAUCUCCCACUUCGUCCAGGACGACCUCGCGCUCAAAGUCAUCCGACAUAUGUUCCAGCUCGCGCAGGUCGCUCUGGAGGAGGAAGCGGCAAAUCCGAACGCAAAAAAAGAAAAAGAGGAAAAAGAAGAAGGGAUCAGUGAGGACGUUUCCAUUCAGAUUAAGCAGUUGGAGGAGCAGGUGGAGUUGCUGAAAAAAGGCGUAGCCCUCGCCGAGAAGCGCGCAUCCGAGGCCGAACGUCUCAAGAUCACCACCGAAGAAGAGCGAAAUCGCGCACAAUCCGAGGCCGCCUUCGCGCGCGCGGAGCUUCGGCGUCUAAAACGCAUUUCUGUGAACGCGGAAAAGGGCAAAAUCGACAGUGGAAGAGGGGAUUCCGCAGUGGUGAGUUCGCGGACGAUGUCGUCUGUUACGGGGGCGAAGAAAGGGGGAAAGGCAGAAAGCCGCGCGGAGUGGGGUGGGAUAGAGGAGGUCGCUCGCUAUGCGAGGGCCCUCAGCGAUGAGCUGAACUACGCAAAGUCGCUCGUCAGCGACUCUCAUUCGCGAAAAGGUGGGACUGCCGAGGCCGCCAAAGCGGAAAUCCGACGCACGGGAGAUUCCUCACAUCGAGGGGGAUCUUCGGUGGGAGGGGGGGAUCCUUUAAUUGACUUUCAAGAGCGAUUAGCGAAGGAAUAUCGGACUCUUCUUCACGUCGUCGCCGAACCGGAAGUGCGCAGCUACGCGAAGAACUUCCCGCAAACGACGAGGGCGAAUGUGGGGGAUCGCAGCCUUUCACGCUCGUGGGAUCCCGUGCGUCCGAUGCGAGAGGAGGAAGUAAGAGUGAAUCCUAAAAAUCACAAGAAAGUACCGGGUCUUCAAAAAAGCCGAAGCCCAAACGUGGUGAUGGAUGCCGUUGUACGCUGCGAUAGCUACGGACGGGUUGGAUACUCUGAGCGCAAUGUCGUAGAUGGUAGGAACCUACUGAUGAAUUCCUCUGAUUCCUCGACGGGAAUACGACGAAUGACUCGAUCCUCGAGUGUUGGGAUUAUAGAGCAGCCUGCGCAAUCGUCUUUCCCUAGCCAUCGAGCUGUCAAACAAAGCGCUAGGCAACAAGACAGGUUUGAUCAUCGUAUAACAACAGGUGAAAAUGGUUGUAGCCGCCAUCUUCGUAGCGUGGAAAGUUCUAUUGAACCUUCAUCCUGCCGUAAGCAACCGACUCCAUCUCAAAAGAGGCGUUUACAAUCACGUGAAGUUGACCAUCGCGCACUUCCUCGUGGCGAAAAAGUCAGAGUAUACUCUCCUCCGCGUUCGCCGCUAACGAAAUUAAAGAAGAAGUCCUCGCCGGCGCGUCGAGUGGAUUCCUCCCCUCCCCCACCGCGUUCCUCCAUGCCCAUCAAUGACGUUUACCAUGCCUACAAUCGUCGGGAUUUCCCCCAACCACCGUUAACGGACUCUAUGCAAAUUUUUAAAACCGAAAAUCGCUUGCCGGCAUGGUCCAGCCGUGAUAGAGGGAUCUCGCCGCCUGUUCAGCGGCAUCCUUCUUUGCGACGAGAGAUUCCGCACGGGGAAGUCUCGGGUACUGAGGACCUGCGCGCAGGGGCGCUAAGGCGCUUGGCGGAAAUCACUUCGAACACUAAAACAAUAAACCUGAGGGGUUAA